AUUUUGUCUAGAAGUUUAUAGUAGUUAAUCAUGAGGUUCAUAGUCGUAGUCGUAGUUUUGCUAGCCAUAACGGCGUUAGCUUUAGCAGACAUCGAGGAUAACGAAAUUGAUUUAGUGCCAGAAGAGUCGAGUACAGUUGAAGUUGACUCACCCAUUUCGGAGAUCAAGCCCCGUUUUAUCAUCUCGUGGCAAGUUCGUCGUCUAUUAAAAAGACUUCGGAAGCAGAUGCCAUGUGGAUUUCCAGAUCAAGGCAUUCCUCCUCUUGCUCCCUAUCGGUUGGAAGAACUGAAAUAUGACCUUCAGACAUCAAUUCUUGAGACCUUUAAUGAAAUUUUCCAUUUCAAAAUCGAUGGUUUGGAUAAUUUUAAAAUUAAAAAAUUCACCCUAAACUUGAUUAAACGUCGUAUUCAAUUUGACUUUCUUUUUAAGAAAAUUAAAUUCACUGGAAAAUAUACCACCGACACCUUGUUGAAUGCUAUGAACAGUCUUGGCAUUAAACUUAGUUACGAAGGCAAAGGUGAUCUUGAUUUGAGUUUGGAAAAAAUGUCGCUUAAGGGCGAAUUGAAGUAUAAACUUCCAGUUCUCUUUGGAUCAGCCAAAAUCACGGAGUUCUAUGCUUUGUUAACUAUUGAAAAAUGCAAAUCGAAUAUAUCAGAACUCGGAGGUAAUGGAAAGUUGAAUCGUCUGCUGAAUGAUAAGAUUGAGAGCUCAAUAGUCGACGGGAUUAAUGAUAAUCAAGAUGAUAUUAGUGCAAAAAUGGAAGAAAUGUUUGUACCGAAAGUGAAUAAAGCAUUAAAGGGAAUCAAUUUCUGGGAUAUUUGGGAUAAGAUCUUCAAUGGUGAUUCCAGUGAGGAGGAAGUUGAUGGUGAUGAUGACGAUGAUAUUUGUAUUCCGCCACCAGAUCCUUGGGCAUGAGGAACAAAAUUUUGUUAUAUUUUUGAAUAAAUCAAAUCGACAUUGUGAAAAUUCGCAAAGUAAAAUGAAGAGCAUUUUGUUAUCAAUUAU